AUGCCCAUACAACUCGACCUUGCACCCUAUGUGGAACGUGCGAGGACGAGCAAGUGGAAGCGGGUGGACAUCCCCCUGUUGGUCAACAAGUACAGAAGGGCGCAGGCGGACAACGCCGCCAUGCAGAACCGCAUCGAGGAGCGAAUCACGGCCCAGCUGCGGCACCGCGAGCUCCUCAUGCGCAAGCAGGUGCUCCUCCUCCGCGUCCAGAAGGCCCGCGAGCGCGUCGCCGAGCACGCCCAGUGGAUGGAGCGAGAGAACAGGCGGGUGCGAGCGCAGCGGCAGCAAACGCAGGAGAAGAUGAAGCAUCUGAAGCAGGCCAUCUACAACCUGGAGAACAGCAAGAACAGCCUCCACAACGACAGCCUCUACAAGUCGGGUCUGCUCGAGCAGCGGAAGGAGCUCGCCCUCAUCCGAAGCCAGCUCCUCGACAAAAAGAAGGAGCUCGUCUUCGAGCUGCUUACGAUAUUGCCCAUCCUACCGGUGAACGACCAGCAGUGCCGGGUCAUCAACAUCGUGCUCCCCAACAACGGAGACUACGCGAGCGUGCCUCGCGGGGUUCUGGCAGCGGCCCUCGGGUACGUGGUGCACAUCGUGAAGAUGAUCGCCGGCUACCUGGGCGUGGUGCUGCCCUUCCGCAUGGAAUCGCGGGGCUCGCAGUCCAUCAUCUACAAGGAAGGCUCCUCCACCAAGUACCCGCUCUACUUGCAAUCCAACGAACGCGAACUCUGGACGGCCGUCACCGCCCUCAACAUCAACGUAGCCUACCUGUGCGCCUCGCAGGGGUUUCUGCCCGGCAAGCACCAGAUCCCACAAACCCUCCUCAACCUGCGGCGGCUCCUUCAAAGCCCCAACCUCGGCGCGGACACGCCUCCGCGCAAGUGGCACGGACUCGGGCGCGAUAAGCAGCAGGCCGAGAAGGACCCCACCCUGGGCGACUGGGAGUUCAUUUGA